AUGCCUCGCAGCUUUCAUAUUAGCGUGCCUGCAUCAUCUGCUAAUAUCGGACCAGGAUACGAUGUAUUAGGUAUCGGUCUCGCCCUUUUCCUGGAGCUUGAUGUGACAAUCGACUCGAAAGUCGCGUCUGAAACGAAUGAAGACCGUAAUAACUGCAAAUUGACUUACAGUGAGGAUAGCGAAGGUUUUGCCACUGUUCCCUUGAAAUCUGAUGAGAAUUUGAUUACAAGAACUGCUCUUUACGUGCUACGCUGCAACAACAUUCGUAGCUUUCCCUCUGGUACGAAGGUUCAUGUUAAAAACCCUAUCCCAUUAGGAAGAGGUCUAGGAUCCUCUGGUGCCGCUGUAGUAGCCGGUGUUAUCUUGGGUAACGAGGUGGGUCAGCUAGGCUUCACUAAGCAACGUCUGUUGGAUUACUGUCUGAUGAUUGAACGUCAUCCUGACAACAUUACGGCAGCAAUGAUGGGUGGUUUCGUCGGUUCCUUCUUGAGAGACCUAACACCCGCAGAAAUUGAAAGAAGAGAAAUUCCUCUAAGUGAGGUAUUGCCCGAGCCAAGUGGUGGGGAGGACACCGGAUUGGUCCCACCUCUACCUCCAACCGAUAUUGGACGUCACGUUAAAUACAACUGGAACAAAGACAUCAAGUGCAUUGCUAUCAUUCCAGAUUUCGAAGUCUCCACCGCCGACUCCAGAGGAGUAUUGCCUCAAGCUUACACGUCUAAAGAUCUGGUGUUUAACUUACAGAGGUUAGCUGUUUUAACUACGGCAUUGACUCAAUCUCCCCCUAACCCAGAUUUGAUCUACCCAGCUAUGCAAGAUCGUGUACACCAGCCUUACAGAAAGACGUUGAUUCCUGGCCUAACUGAAAUUCUUUCAAGUGUCACGCCAUCCACCUACCCUGGUCUUUUAGGUAUUUGUCUAUCGGGUGCAGGUCCAACGAUCCUAGCACUAGCCAUUGACAACUUCGAGGACAUAGCACAGGAAAUAAUGAACCGUUUCUCCAAGAAACAAGUCACUUGUCGUUGGAAGUUGCUAGAUCUAGCCUAUGAAGGUGCUCAAGUUUCGCAUACUUAG